AAGGCCUGCCGCGCCCGGCAGCGAUUACCAGCCGCACUGGCUGGGGGAAGAGGCUGUGAUGGGAGCCAUCAGAGGUUUCUUGAGAGACCCGUGGAGCUCCCUGAGAUAGCUUGAGAGAUGCUCCGUGAGCACGCUCACCUCGUGUAUGUAACUGUGUGUGUGUUUGCACACACGCACAGAUGCAUCUUUUGCCAGAGUGGAGCAUCUGCCUGGAUCCCACCUGCGCCGUAGAGCGUGCCAUGGCCUGGGAGUGCCCCGCAAAGCUGCCCUCACCUCCCGUAAAGCCAUUCCUCACCCUGCGAGCCCUCAGUGCCAAGCCCUCAGCUCUCCAAGGAGGAUGGCCCAGCCUGGGAGCGUGCCCUGAGCAGCUGCCUCUCGUCCCUCGGCCAAGCAGCAGGGAGCCCUUAGCAGCCUGAGGCGCGGCCGGCUGGGAGCCCCGGGGACCGCCCAGCCUCGCUCCCGGCCCACCUGCAAGAUGUGGACAGCCCUUGUGCUCAUUUGGGUUUCCUCCUGGUCCUUAUCCGAAAGCCUGCACACAUCCGAGCAUCCACUCCUCAACCAGACGUGGGACCACUCGGACACAAACUCGUCCGUGGAAACAGUGACCGGAGUCUUGAACAGAACAGCUGAUGUGACCCCGGCGACACCGUCUCCCAUCACACUGACCAGAGGGACUUGGGGAGGCGACCACACCUCUCCUGCAGUCACAGCGGGGACAACACACAGGACAGACGUGGGCACUUCCCUGACAGCUGGAGGGACCCGAGCCGGAGCCGCCUCCAGGGCGCCCACGCCGCCCGCCCCUGUGUCUGCCUGGAGGACCCCGUCCUCACCCGGCACGCGGGCGCCUGGCAACAGCUCGUCGUCUAGGCCAGUAACAGCCAUGCCACCCGCCACACCCACACUGGCCACGAGUGCCCAGCCCGCUGCCACGACCCCCGCCAGUGUCAGCAGCCCCGCAGGCUCACCCGGUCCUCCCGGGUCCACUGCCAGCCUCUCCACAGCCAGCCUGACGCCCUCGAGUCCCCGAGUACCCAGUGUGUCUGCGCAGGGCCCCACCGUCCAGGCGCCGACGCCAACGCCCGGGACUGUGGAUGACACGGCCCGGAGGCCCACACCCACCCUCUUAAACACAACCGCAGAGCCUGCCUCCCCAUCUGCGGCUUCCGUGUCCACAACCGUGGGCACCACAACCAAGGCCCCUGCGCUGACCGUCAGCUCAGCGGCAGCACCCACACCUCACACCAGCCCGGCCCCCACGGUGGAGGCCACGACCCCCACGACACAGCCCAGCCCUGCCACAUCCACGCCGGGGGCCCCAGAGCCGGGGACAACUCAGAUGCUGGAGCAAGCCAGGCCUGUGACCACGCGUGGUAUUACUUCCCCAGGGCCGACCCCUGGGGACUCCAAGGUGCCCCCCACAGACUCGUGCCAGCCCAGCACCCAGGGCCAGUACCUGGUGGUCUCCAGCGAGCCCCUGACCCUGUCCUCCGUGAACAGAAGUUUCCUCCUGGCGGUGCUCUUGCUGGGGGUCACCCUCUUCAUCACGGUCCUGAUCCUGUUCGCCCUGCAGGCCUACGAGAGCUACAGGAAGAAGGACUACACGCAGGUGGACUAUCUCAUCAACGGCAUGUACGCCGAUUCCGAGAUGUGACCUGCGGGUUGGGGCCUGCGGCUGGGCCCCCCCGCCUCCCUUUCCGGGUUGCCUCUGAGGCCAAACCAAGUGCUUCCAGAUUCUUUUGGUGCAAUUUAGGAGACAUGCCAGAUGCUUAAACACAUUUAAUUGCUGUCAAGAUUAAUUCCACGAUCACUAAAGAGCGGCUGCUUUUUUCAUAUUUAUUUUUGUAACGAUCAUGUUGACAUAGGGCCAGUGGUUCUGCCUCAGGAUGGGGUGGGCGGGCCCCCCAGGGUGGGUCCUGACCUAAAUUAAAGCAAUGACCCCUUUCCACUCAGA